AAUAUUUGAGCAGGAGCAGAGGUGGGCACGUAAAAUACUAUACGUAUAAUACAUAGUUUUAUACAUGUAUUAUACAUGUAACAACACUGCUGAACAGCAAUUAAAAAGUCACAGAAAAACGUGUAUAUGGGAAGUUGAGAAUUCUAAUAUUGAUGACAGCAGCGAUGAUUCCGUAGUUCGACAUUUAUCAUUAAAACGUAAAAAUCGAUCUGGAAGUUAUGAAGAGAAUAAUAAUUGUACUACUACUUGUAAUACUGAUGGAGUCAUCACAUUAUCAACCGUCAAAUUGAAGAAGAAUACGCCUAAAAUAAAUUCUUUUAUAGAUAAAAUAAGCGAGACUGAGCAUUCAAAAUUAGACGAAGCUUUAAGUUACUUCUUUUUUAGUAAAAAUUUACCAUUUGAUCUAGUUGAGGAUGAAUAUUUUAUUAAAUUUUGUAAAACAUUGCGACCAGCUUAACAAGUACCUAGUCAAACUGAGUUAUCAACAUGUUUACUUGAUAAUGCUCAUAAAAAAUUUAUUAAUAAUCAAGUAAACAUAAAUGAGAAACAAGGAAUAUUAUUGUUUUGUAAAAAUAUCGAUUGCACAACAUUUUUAGAGAUAAUUGGUAUAAUAAAAGCUGGAAGCAACACAUUGUUUAUUGAAUCAUGGAGCUUUAAAGAUGAAAAUGAUUAUUCAGAUAACUAUUUUAAAAUGGUUGAGGAAUCAAAUGUGAUUAUACUUAAAAAAUAUGAUUUAUCAAUUUAUAGUGUCGUAUCCUUUGUUAAUAUUUUAACAAUUGAUAAUACUCGUGAUUCUACUUUAACAGUAACACCUACUUGUAAGUCUACUGUUAAAUGGCAUUUGACAUGCCAUUUAGAAACUGUGGACACGUUGACUACAUCAAUCCAGGACGAUGUAUUGGACAUUAAAGUGAAUCGUUUGUUAAAUAAAUUGAAGGAUAU